CUGACGUCGUGGUGGACUCGAACUUUAUGGGGAUGUGCACUGUGCUGACUAUAUAUCAACCUACUUUGCCUACCUACCCUCUUCGCCAUCUAUAGGUAUCUCCGUUUACGCGCAUCCGAAUACCAACUGCAUAAGUCCGCCUCCCAGCCAGCUAUACCGAGCAAUGGUGCCUCGGAGACACCUUGGUUACCGCUCAGCGUGACAUGACACUUUUCUUGUCAACACAGGAGCCCCCAUAUCGCUCCUUGUACAUGAUACAACCUCUUUGACUCCUUUCCGACUGUCUUUACUAUGCCUUCCUCGUCCGACUACCUCCACCCACAUGGUCGUGCCAGUAUCGCGGGCGACUCUGGUUCCGACGACGACCUCGAUUUGGAGGAACUUGAUCCGAGCAGCACCCACUUAUAUGGAUCUCCUCGCCGGUCACGAGAUGAGUCGAAUCACCAACGGAGUCGCGGUCCCGGCAUAGCUUUGCGGAACUUACGAGUUGGCAUGGGAAAUCGAGUAUGGCGACGAAACGCUUCCGGGGCACAUGGACCAUCGGAGGACACGGCCGGCCUUCUGGAAGAGCGCGAGGACGACGGACUCCGCAGGUCGCACGCGAGCUCCCGCAACUUCACUGACGACGAUGCUCCGCUCCUGAAUGAACGCCGGCGUAGCUCCGCUCGCUCGUUGGCGGAUUUGGAACGGGUGUCGCAAAGGGGGUCGCGGUUUAGGAUUCCGGGGAUCAAGGCGGCCAGCUUUCUCUUUGGCUCAAGCCGUACAACAAGAUACGAUUCAGAACAGACCGAGACGAAACCGCCGCGCGAUAUCCUCGUCGGCCAGAUGCAACGAAUCAAGUAUCCCGCGAAUGUCGUAUCGAACGCCAAGUACACUCCCUGGAGUUUCUUGCCCCGCACUCUGUAUAACGAAUUCUCCUUCUUCUUCAACAUUUACUUCCUUCUCGUUGCCCUUUCACAGAUUAUUCCGGUCCUCCGAAUAGGUUACAUGUCAUCUUAUAUUGCGCCUUUAGCCUUCGUUGUUAGUAUUUCGCUUGGAAAGGAGGCGCUGGAUGACAUUGGCCGCCGUCGCAGAGAUGCCGAAGCAAAUGCUGAGGAAUUUACUGUACUAAGUUUCGAUGGGCCUAACGGGGUGCUGGAGGUCGUUAAGAAGUCACGGGAUCUGAGAGUUGGUGACGUCCUGAAGGUCCGCAAAAACCAGCGGUUGCCUGCGGAUGUUGUAAUUUUGAAGAGCAUUUCAAACGACAUUGUGACUGCUCGUCAAAGCUCUUUGGCGGAAAGACCGGCAGAGGUCCCUUCGCAGGAAGAAAGCUUAUUAUCACCUACCACCCCCGAACCUAGCUCCAGCACCGCGACAAACGCAGCUAAUGUCUCGUCGGCCAGUGACACAUUCAUACGAACUGAUCAACUAGAUGGUGAAACUGACUGGAAGCUACGAUUGCCUUCUGUUUUGUCGCAAACCCUGCCUCUUAGCGACCUUCCAAGGUUGAAGGUCACUGCAAGUGCACCUGAUAGACGAGUCAAUGAAUUUGUCGGUACUAUCGAUCUGGGUCCGCCGUCCGGGUUUUACGAUCCUCAUGUUGAUAAGAGGGAAAAUGGCGGAGACUAUGAGGCCUCUGACACCCAGGCCACCUCUGCUCCGUUAACAAUCGACAACACCGCAUGGGCCAACACUGUUCUUGCCUCCAACACCGUCACCUACGCUACCAUCAUCUAUACAGGGUCUCAGACGCGGGCUGCCCUUUCCACCUCACCGUCUCGCUCGAAAGUUGGCUUGCUGGAGUACGAGAUCAACAACCUAACCAAGAUCCUUUGCGCGCUGACUCUGGCCUUGUCCAUUGUUCUGGUUGCUCUGGAAGGUUUCCAGCCGACAAAUGACAAGGUCUGGUAUGUUGCAAUCAUGAUCUACUUGAUUCUCUUCUCGACGAUAAUCCCCAUGAGCUUGCGGGUCAACUUGGACAUGGCGAAAUCGGUAUACGGGCGCUUCAUCGAACGAGACAAGGAUAUACCAGGUACGGUUGUCAGGACCAGUACUAUUCCUGAAGACCUGGGUAGAAUUGAAUAUCUCCUUUCCGAUAAGACAGGGACUCUGACCCAAAACGAGAUGGAACUGAAGAAAAUCCAUGUUGGGACGGUCUCGUAUGCCAAUGACGCUAUGGAAGAAGUGGCAUCCUAUGUUCGACAAAGCUUCGUGGGUGACUCGCUGACGACUCCUUCAACCGCAUUCGGAGCUCAAGCUGGACUUGGUACGGCUCCGCGCACGAGAAGGGAGAUUGGUUCCCGUGUCAGAGACAUCAUUUUGGCCCUUGCUCUUUGUCACAAUGUCACCCCUACUACGGAUGAAGAAGACGGUGUCAGGGUCACCAAUUACCAAGCUUCCUCCCCCGAUGAAAUUGCGAUCGUGAAAUACACUGAAGACGUCGGGCUCAAGUUGGCUUAUCGCGACAGACAGUCUAUCGUCCUUGAGUCUACCCACACAGAGAAGGUCGUUGUUCGGGUCCGCAUUCUUGAGAUUUUUCCCUUCACUUCGGACAGUAAGCGGAUGGGGAUUAUCGUGCAGUUUGAGACGGAUGACGACAUCCUGGAUUCGUCGAAGAACGACAGUGAGAUAUGGUUUUAUCAAAAGGGUGCUGAUACCGUCAUGUCAACGAUCGUUGCGGCGAACGAUUGGCUCGAUGAGGAGACCGCUAAUAUGGCUCGCGAGGGCUUGCGAACUCUGGUCGUAGGCCGACGGCGGCUGUCUUCGCAGCAAUACGAAGAGUUCACCACCAAGUACAAGCAAGCCUCUCUUGCUCUGCAAGGACGCGAUGUCGGUAUGGCCAAGGUGAUCAGCGAGUACCUGGAGCGAGACCUGGAACUUCUUGGCGUGACCGGUGUGGAAGACCGCCUUCAACGGGAUGUCAAAUCCUCUUUGGAGCUGCUUCGCAAUGCCGGUGUCAAAAUCUGGAUGUUGACGGGUGACAAGGUCGAGACGGCACGCUGUGUAGCCAUUUCCGCAAAGCUGGUCGCCCGUGGACAGUACAUCCACACGGUUGCCAAAGUCAAAGACAAGUCUACCGCUCAGGAAACCUUGGAUUUCCUUCGCAACAAGACCGACUGCUGUCUCCUCAUUGACGGCGAGUCCCUGUCUCUCAUGCUAGGUCAGUUCCGGACAGCCUUCAUCUCCGUGGCCGUCCUGCUCCCGGCUGUCGUUGCCUGUCGGUGCUCGCCCACCCAAAAGGCAGAAGUAGCGGACCUCAUCCGCCAGCACACCAAAAAGCGCGUCUGCUGCAUUGGCGACGGUGGAAACGACGUCUCCAUGAUCCAGGCCGCUGAUGUCGGAAUCGGCAUUGUCGGCAAGGAGGGUCGUCAAGCUUCCCUGGCAGCCGACUUCAGCAUCACCCAGUUCCACCAUCUUACCAAACUCCUCGUCUGGCAUGGCCGCAACUCCUACAAACGAUCCGCCAAACUCGCCCAGUUCAUCAUGCACCGUGGUCUCAUCAUCAGCGCCUGUCAGACCAUGUACAGCAUCGCCAGUCACUUUGACCCCAAGGGUCUCUUCAUCAACUGGCUAAUGGUCGGCUACGCCACCGUCUACACCAACGCCCCCGUCUUCUCGCUCGUCUUCGACCGUGACGUCGACGAAGAGCUCGCCAAUCUCUACCCCGAACUCUACAAGGAGCUCAAAACCGGCCGCAGCCUCAGCUACCGCUCCUUCUUCACCUGGGUCCUGGUCUCCGUCUACCAAGGCGCCGUCAUUCAGGGCCUUUCCCAAAUCCUCCUCGACACCAUCACCGGCCCCCGUCUCAUCAGCGUCUCCUUCACCUCUCUCGUUAUCAACGAGCUCCUCAUGGUCGCCAUCGCCAUCACCACCUGGCACCCAAUCAUGAUCUUCUGCAUCAUCGGCACGGCUCUCGUCUACGCUGCUAGCGUUCCCUUCCUCGGCAGCUACUUCGACCUGCACUACGUCAUCACAGUAGACUGGCUCUGGCGCGUCUGCGCCGUCUGCGCCGUCUCCCUCAUUCCAAUCUGGGCGGGUAAACUGAUCCUGCGAUCGUGGAGUCCACCCAGUUAUCGGAAAGUACGGGGUUAGCUAUUUACCAUCUUCUGCGUGUCGUACCCUUCGCCCUCCCUACAUGAUAUUUCGUCUCUUGGCUUCUUCUUCUUCUUCUCCAUCAAGCAUAUGGCUAUACACCUGUAUAUCACCGAACCAAAAACUGGUCGUUACUUGCUCGCUGUCUUGCUUGUUAUCCAUUGCGUGGUAUAUAGACUUAGCGUGAAUUUAUAUGCUC